CUAAGCCCAAACCUUAUCCCACCACAAAACCCCAUUCAUUUUCCUUCCAACCAAUCUCACUCACAGCAUCUCUUCACACAGCACAGACAUGUUCACCUCACUCCACACCCCAAUCCUUCACCCCCGUUACUGUCACCACCCUACACCGUCCUGCACCCAAUUCUCCCCUCUCGCCCUCCCACCCUUCCACCGCACCCUCUCCUUCCUCGCCCCUCCGCCGCUCCUCCCGGCCGCGCCCGCCCUCUCCGCCGCCUCCGCCGCGAAGCCCGACAAGUCCGGCGAGCAGAAGUGGGUGCACGAGGGUCUCAUCAUGGAGUCUCUCCCGAACGGCAUGUUCCGCGUUCGCCUGGAUAACGAGGACUUGAUCCUCGGCUACAUCUCCGGCAAAAUCCGCAAGAACUACGUUCGGAUCCUCCCCGGCGACAGAGUCAAGGUCGAGGUCACCCGCUACGACUCCUCCAAAGGACGCAUCGUUUAUAGGCUCCGCAGCAGCACCCCCUCCUAGUGUUUGUAAAAAUUACUCACACAAUCCAGUUUCACUGCAUCAUUCUUGUAAAAAAAAAAGAAUGAUAAUGCUUCACGUUGCAAUUUGGUGCAAUUUAUUUCAGUUUAAUUUUCUUCUUUUCAGUCACUCUUGUCUUAUUAUUGGUAGUUGUUAGAGUAACCAAUGUUUUCAGUUCCCAAUCCUUGAUAUUGCAGGAAAAUUGCAGAUGAGUGCGAUACUAAAAUGUUGACCGUGAGUGUGUUAGAUUUUUACCUUCAGUGAUGUAUUUAUGGUGAAACUGGGUGAAUGUUUUUAUUUGGAUAAACUGAAGCUUAAUGUUCUAGUUUUUGAGAUUGUGAAGGA